GCAGUAUGUGAAAUGAAUGCCAUUAAUCAUCACGAUUGUUUGUCAUUACUUUGAACUAGGGGCUGGAAUGGAAAAUUGAGUGUGAUUGCAUCUAGCCUCAGCUUCCCCAUUCUACAACGGGUGUCUUAGUUGAGAUAGCACAUAGGAAUAGGAAGUUACAAAGGCAGCGCUAUAGGGGCAGAGAGAAUAGAGUGGGGAAAGGGCUGUAAAGACACAGAGUAGUUGAAAUUAGGAAGCAUGUCGUAGAUAAGACUUGAGGACUACGGCUAUAUCUCUGUUUUCAGGAUGGGAAAUAUGAUGAGAGGCGUGAGUGCCAAGGACAGCGCCAACAAUGACAACUGUGACAGCACAGAAAAGGGUUCAGACGAUGAAACGCUGGUGUUGAUCCAGGACUACCCAUCGUCUGACAUCAGUGAGCCGAUCUUCAGGAUCGGGGAGAAGCUCAGGGUCAUCUCAGAAGAGGGUUACUGGUGGAGAGUCCGCUCUGUCCAAACGGGGAAGGAGAACUACAUUCCCAACAGUCAUGUUGCAAAAGUGUACCAUGGCUGGCUGUUUGAAGGUGUGGAGAGGCAGAAGGCUGAGGAGCUGCUGCGUCUACCUGGGAACCGAGUUGGCUCCUUCAUGGUGCGGGAGAGCACCAAGGAGCGAGGUUUGUAUUCACUCUCAGUGAAGCACAGAAGCAUAAAGCACUAUCGCAUCUUCAGACUGGACAACAGCUGGUACUAUAUCUCCCCUCGACUCACUUUCCAGUGCCUUGAAGAUAUGAUCAACCACUACUCCGACUCUGCAGAUGGCCUGUGUUGUGUCCUGACGUCCCCUUGUUUGUCUGGCAAGGGCCCCUCAUCAGAUGCAAGUCCUCAGCCUCCGCCUGUAGUCAUGCGCCGAAACUUUGACUGGAACAAAGUAGACAGGCAUGAGCUCAUCAGCAGUGGAAGCCUCGGUGGCACUGAAAACACAGACAGCAUGGUGAGCUACGGAGUGAGAAACAGCCUUGCCGCCUACCUGUCUUUUACUGGGAAUCAGGAUCUCGCACAGCAGAAGGGUGGCAGGAAGAAGAAGAGCAGAUCUGUUUACGUUGUCCCACAGACUAACCUUGAAAGUCUUGACUAUGAGGAGGAAUUCUAAAGACAGCAGUGGUGUUUAAGGAAGUUAGCUUCAAGGGACAUGAACUCUAUAUGACAGCUCCCCAUUCAAACAGUGAUGGGGACAGGGGGCAUCCUUGUCUGUAGCCCACUGUAUUCCCAGUGUUGGGAUUGGGCAGUGUUGAUUUUAUGUUAAGCAUUCAAAACAAUCAGGUGUAUAGGUAUACCUGCUGAUUAAGCACUUUGAACUCUAAGGAAAGGACAAACAUAUUUGAGUCUAGCAUAUGGCACAUUUACACUCAAGCUGUGUGUGAACUGAAAUAUGGAGAUGGAGCUGGACUACAGUGCAAUUGAACUGUGAUGUGUCUUCUGUAAAUCAGUUGUAGGUCAAACAGCUUGGCAUUAUGAUGGGUAACAUGAGAUCAUGUGUAUGAUUUAUGUGAAUUUGUACAUGAGAAUGUAUUGCUUUCAAACUAUUUCCCUCUAUAUUUAACACCUGCUAAGUAAAGCAUAUUAUAAUUAAAUUUUUGUGCUGUGA